AUGGAUUAAUGUAAGAUUCAUAAUUGUGAGAUCACUAGAAUAUAUUUACAACUAGAAUCUCAAACAGUGAAAUUGGUAUGUGAAGAAUGCAUUGAAGAUUAAGGACUAGGAACUAAACUUGAUAAAUUAGUUUUAUUAUAAAAAGUACUCUUGAUUAAUUACUUUAAAGGUUAAAAAAUAAGCAGAAGAAUUAAUUAGUAAAACAAAUAUAGAUAACAGUAUUAAAUCAUUUUUAUCUAAACUUCUAAAAGCAACUGUGGAUGAUAUCAAAAUUACAAAAAGACGAUGGAAUGAUCGUUUAUAAAAUAUGAAAUUAAUGAUAGAUAAACUUAUAAAUGAAACAGAAUCAUAUUUUGAUUAACUAAAAUUAGAAUUAGACAAUUUUAGAAAAGGAUUAGUUAAUGUAUAAAAUUAUAUUCUAUUAGUAGAUUGUGAAUUUUAGUAAAUUUGAAUCAUUGAUUAAAGAUGAUUAAUAAUUUGAUAAAGAGACUUAAAUAAUUAAUUAUAUAAAAGAAUUAGAAAAUGAAGUUAAUGAUUAAAAGAAAACUGAAAUUCUUAAUCUUAUCAAAGAUUAUAAGGAUAAAAUAGCAAAGUAUUCAUUUUAAUCAUUAUGCAUUAGUACACAGAUUCCUUCGAUUUCAGAUAGACUCAAUUCUAUAACAUUAGAAAUGAAUGAAUAUCAAAAAAUUGUUAAUGAUUACUCAAAAUAAUGUAAUCCUGAUAACAGUCUAAAUAUACCAUAUCCACCAUUUAUAUCAAAAAUUCUAUCUUCUCAAAAUUUAUAGAAAUUAUUAUAAAGAAUUCCUAAUCAAAAUAAUAAAAUUCAAUAAAUAUACUAUGCAUAAUAAUUAGGAAUAAAUGUUGACACUUUUUGGAAUAGUGUAAACAAUAAGUCCAAUCUAUUGAUGAUAUUUAGAUCCAAAAACAAAAUCAUUUUUGGUGGAUAUACACCUUGUUAAUGGAGAAGAUUAUAAAUAUAAAUGUAAUAGGGAAUUAAUGAUGAAACUUAUACAUCAUUUUUGUUUAUUUAGACUGGUGAAGAAUUAAAGUUCUUUCCAAUUAAGAGAGAAAUUAAACCAGCCAUUAUCUUAAGUUCAUAAUCUGGUCCAAAUUUUGGAAAUGAUUUAAUUAUUAAUUCAGAUUUACAAUCAGGAUAAAUUAAUUUAGGUAAUACCUAUUAAUCAGAUAUCCUACCAGUAUCAUAAUAAUAAUUAAUAUUAUUACUAGGAGGAUAGAAUUAACUAAAUAUAAAUGAUUGUGAAAUAAUAUAGAUAGUACAUUGA